AGGGUCAAGCGGCAUGUCGAUAUUGGCAGAGCCGCGUCGUAAACAACGUCUCAGUAUCGAUCCCCGAAAUCUUCAGUGGAAAAAUGAUCAAGACAAAUUUUCACAGAAGCUCAUGAAGAAAAUGGGUUGGUCUGAAGGAGAAGGGCUGGGUAGAAACCUACAAGGCAGUGCCGAUCACGUCAAGCUGAAGGCAAAUUAUACCGGAAAAGGCCUUGGAGCUGACAAGCUGGCUUUAUAUGAUAGCACAUGGAUUGGACAUCACGAUGAUUUUGCUGACCUUCUCAACGCUCUCAAUAAGAAUAAGAAAGAGAAGGUUACUACUGAAGAGGAGAAGGAGGAAAGAGCCAAAAGAAUUUCGCUUGAGUUGAGCAGCAAAAGCCUGCGGCGGCGAAUACACUACCAGAAAUUUACACGGGCAAAAGAUACGUCGAAUUACACUGAGAGUGAUCGUGCUGCCAUACUUGGGAUUGUUCACAAACCGGAAACGGAAAGUCCGCAGAAAGAUGAGACAAAGGAGGAGAAAUCUCCUAUCAAAAAGGAAGAAGAGGUCGAACUAAAGUCAAAUACAACUGUGAGCAGCAUGUCUGUAGGCGAAUAUUUUGCUGCAAAGAUGGCUGCAAUGAAGGCGAAGAGUGAGCAAGGAGGAUCGGAAGAUAAGACUGGCAAUGUGAAGCUCGAAGAUACGCUUGUCAAGGAAGAAAUCACAGAGCAGGAAACGGAAGAGGAGAGAAAAGAGAAGAAGAAGAAAAGGAAAGAAAAGAAAAGAUUGUUUGAUUCUGUGCCUUACGAAAUAUCAUCGGAGUUUUGCCAAGUGAAAAUAGAAAACAUGGAGGAAGAAGAAGCUGUUGAAAAUGAAGAAGAGCAACGUAGACAAAGAAAAAAGGAGAAAAAAUUGAAAAGGAGACAGGAAAGAGAAAGACUGGAAAUGGAGGGAGAUGUCAAGCGCCUGAAAGUUGAAGAAGUUUGCGAAGAAGAUGAAAUUGGAGGUUCGAAGGAAGAGAAGAAAAUGAAAGACAAGCCAGAAAUGACGGAGGAAGCUGAAGCAUUAGCUGAUGAGAGCAGUGAAAGCAGGAAGAAGAAGAAGAAGAAAAAGAAAAAUAAGAGCAAAGAGAUCAGACAAUAGCGGAAUGAAACACAUAGCAGUUUGUUUUUAAAUGUAUUGUUGUCUGUUUGUUGUUAUCCUAAGCCUCUUUGGCUAGAGUCUGUUUUAUUCAAAAGCGUGUUGAGUAAAAGCAUCGUGCAUCCCUCGUUUUGAACUCGAACUGUACUCUGUUGUUUUACAUACUUCGCAGAACAUUGUCAUUUUUAACUUCUCCUGUAGUCAAUUGAUCUUGUUGAAAUGUACAGCCAAGUUGUUAACUGGUGUAUAAUUGUUAAUAAAAAA